UAUUUAUGUGGCAAAACCCUUUGCUUUAGUCAUUCUUUUGUUCUCAACUCUUCAGACUCAUUCCCCCUUCCUCCUGUCUAUCUAGUCUCCAGACAGCUACAGCCAGCAUUGAGGAAGAAGAAAGGAAAAGAAGAUUGUUUUGAUUUCUCUUUGGUCCCUGAAGAACCCUAUCUUGGUUUUCUGAGAAUUUGCUAGUUUCAGCUUUUCAGACAGGCCACAGCCAGCAUUGAAAAAGAAGAUUGUUUUGAUUUCUCUUGGAUUCUUGAAGAAACCCCAUCUUGGUUUUCUCACAGUUUGCUAGUUUCAGCUUUUCAGUGAGUCACCGAGUUACCAGCAUAAUGGCCGAGCAAGUCCACCCGGGCGACUCACCAAACGUUACCAACGAACAGUCGGCUCCGAAACUAGCACCUCCGUCGCCUGAAAAACCAGUUCCACAACCAGGCACUUACGUCAUCCAGAUCCCCAAGGACCAAAUCUACCGCGUUCCUCCGCCGGAGAACGCCCGUCGCUACGCGCAUCUCUCGAAACGUAAGGCUAGCGGGGGCACCUGUCGCAGCUGCUGUUGCUGCUUGUUGACCGUCAUCCUCGUUCUCCUCCUCUCCGCUGCCAUUGCCGCCGCAGUGGUGUACUUCGUUUUCAAGCCAGAGUCUCCAAAUUAUUCCGUCGAGAGCGUGGCGAUCAAGGGACUCAACCUGACGUCAGCGUCACCGCUCUCUCCGGAAUUCGACGUCACCGUCCGAGCACACAACCCCAACGACAAAAUCGGUAUUUACUACGAGAAAGGCAGCUCCGUCAAAGUUUACUACGAAGACGUCAACCUCUGUAAUGGCGCGUUGCCCGCCUUCUACCAGCCGACGAACAACGUAACGGUGUUCCAAACGGCUUUGAAGGGCUCCGGAAUCGAACUAACAAACACCGCGCUUAGGGCGCUUUCUGAUGCGCAAAACAAAGGAACGGUGCCGUUCACGUUGAAGCUGAGAGCUCCAGUUAAGAUUAAAGUGGGGUCCAUUAAGACGUGGAAGAUCACCGCUAAGGUGACGUGUAAGAUAACGGUGGACAAUUUAACGGCGACUUCUAAGAUUGUGUCGAAGGAUUGUGAUUACGGAGUAGAUCUUUGGUAGUGAUUGGAAUACAGUUGGUACAGUUGGAGUGUUUGGUCACGGGAAUAGUACUUCAUGGAUAUUGUAAUAUUUUUUGGGGAGGAACAACUUUUUUUGUGAUUAUUAUAUCCUAGUUGUGGUAUACAUUGAUAGAGAUUUUCAGUUAACAUUGCAUGAAUGUUAUAUGA